AAAAAGUGUGAUUUCUUAAACCGGCUGGUUCAGAUAAUUUUAGUUAAGAUCCCCUUUUCGUGUGAACCUUUUCAUUAUUUCCUUGUGUGUUCGAGGAAAAGUAAAAGUCUCGACCAAAACAAAUAUUUUUGGUUCGAUCCAAACCUCUCCCUCUUGUUUUCUGCUUGAUCCACGGAAGAGAGAAUCUCCGGCGCCUGGACAAAGACAAUGCUAACCAUGCCGAAGCUCACACUUCUCCUCUUCCUUACCUCUUUACUUUUGUCAUCCUCCUUAGCUUUCCAAUCAGAUGAGCUUCUCCUCGACGACGUGGAGUUUGGUCUUGAAGGAGCCAAUCAUCGCUCGACGGAACCCGUUUUCACCGAUUCGCCGGCGUCUUUUUCACCUCCGAAGCAGAAACCGAGUAUCCGUAAACGGUACUCCGAUCCCGAUUUGGAUUCCAAGAUCCAAUUCACUCUCGAACAUGCCUUCGGAGAUUCUGAUUUCACCUCGGCCGGAAUUUUCUCCGCACGUCUCAAAACUUGGAGCCAUGGCGGUCAGACAUUAACGAAACUACGUUUCUUGAGGAAUGAAUUCUCUGAUGAAGAGAAAGAUGCAUUUAAUAAUCUGCUGAAAGGAGAUGACUUUUAUAGAAUAAGACUUCCAUCUAAUGUAGUCACUCCACCUGGGAGAGAGUAUGUGAUUGCAUCAGUGAGAGCUAGAUGUCUUCCACGGGAUGGUUUGGAUGAGCAUAUCGUUAUACACAUGGAUGGUGCCAACAUUUUGGCAGUAAGUUAUGGCUCUCCCGGAGCAUGCCCGUAUCCUCGACAGUUGAAACUUCCAGGAAAAUGGUCAUUCAAUUCCCACACUAUCUUGAAGAGUAGCGAGCAGGCACCAAGAACUCCGAUAUUCACGGAGGAGAUUCUUGGCAGCAGUGAGAAUGUGGAAGGUGAAGCAGAAGUGCCAGUAGAGAGAUCAUUUUGGGCAAAAUAUUGGAUGUACUUGAUACCACUUGGACUCGUAGUGAUGAAUGCUGUGACACAAGCGAGUAACAUGGCGGAAGAACAACCCGCAGGGUCUCAAGGGCAACCACCAGCAGCGAUUCAGCGCGUUUCAGGCUCAGCCGCACCGAGGAGAAGAUGAAUCCUUUCUCGGUUUCUUUUAAUUUAUGAUUAUUUUUGAUAAUAUUGCUGUCUAAGUGUGAGCUAUGUCAUAGGCUAGUUAGUCUUAACGAUCAGGACUAUCCGGCUGGUGUUAUGACUGGUUUAGCAUUUUUUUAAUUUGAUUUUACAUAUAAUAAUGAAAAAUUUACAUUACAAGGCACUUUUCCAAACUUCAAUUACAAUUUAGAGCACUUACACUAGUGGUUGUGAUUUUAUCAUUUUACCAAACAACCUUC